UAUAACAUAAAAUCUCAGUAGGUGUGACACAACUAAUUAUUUGCGAUAGUAAUGAUUACAAAUUGCUCGUUAUAAGUCUCCCAUAGCAAUGGAGUCGAGGGUCACCAGCGGCACAGGUCCACCGAACACCAUUAUGAUACAGCUGGUGUCCCAACAGCCCAGUUCCUGUGGACAGAUGCAGGCCAUGCCCAUUUUCCCUAAUUUCUCGCGCGGCAUGAACCAACCUCCACCGGUGUACUAUGUUCUUCGACCAGAAGACCGCGUAAUGCCCAUCUACAUACCACCUCCGAGGUUUAACAAUGGGCAAGGAGGAAGGAUGGCGGCGGAGUGUCCUUGCUGUGGCCAUGCCAAGUCAUUGUGCACGGAGGAACCUCUAGGAGUCCACGGAGCGCAGAAACAGUUUGUCAAAUUAGAGAAGGAAACUCCUGGAUAUCGGGAUCAAUGCACUAACACCAUUGAGCAGCCAGAUGUGGGAAAUAUAAGGACGAUUUACGAAACCUUAGGACGUGCAAUGGUCACUGCCGCCGUAGAGGCAGCACAGAGAUCCCAGCCAGCAGGACCCUCAGAUCCGACAAAUGUAAUAUUGAAACUAUUAACCCAGUUGGGGGAGCAGAAUCAAACAACGAGCUGGAGUCCGCAUUCAGAAGGAGGAGCAGGAAGUCCCGACCACCAACCAGAUAUGAACAGGCACAAAGCCAGCUUUUCGGAAAUAGUCCGCGUGGUGAAGAGGACCUCGUCUGACCCAGCCAUUGCUAAAGGGCCACCAGAUGAGCUAGAUGAGCAACGUAGGCUUCCAUCUGUACUCUCCGAUGGUCGUCUACACGUCGAUUAUCCCAAAACGCCAAGACCAACACCAACAUUCUCCGUCGAAUCUGAAAACACCCUCGAUUCUGGUUACUCGCCAAAUCUGGAAAACUCCAUUGGACAUAGCCAGGCGUAGCAAUGAGAUGCUCUUCACCAAAGUUACCUAUAUCAGAAAAUAUUAAAUCUUCCACAUGACAAUUAUUAAACUUUAUGCUCAUUGGCCUUGAAGCUUUAAUAGUGACAAAUCCUUUGGAAUCAAGUAAAUAAUUCUAUAAUGC